UACACUCCCGCUGCCGGGCCAGUCCCUGGUCGCACUGUCGCUGUCGCCGCGGAAGGCGGGCGCAGAGGCGACUGUGGUGCUGGCGCGCGCGAAGCCGCCUGCUGAGAGCGCAGCGCGCGUCCGUCCCCGGCUCUGACUCAGCCUCUGCGCUCCGGCGGCCGCCGCCACCGCCCGCCGCAGCCCUGCAAUCUGUUGAUAACUCCGUUAGCCGCCGCCUUCCGGGAUGGACUGCUGCCCCCCGGCCGGGGGACCGCGCCGCGCCGCGCCCGCCGCAGGCAGCUUCGGACCGCUGGCCAUCCGGCUUCUGCCAGAAUAGGUGAGAAUGGGCCAGGCGCUGAGCCACCAGCCUCCCUCUCGGGACGCAGCGCGCCGGGCCCUCGCUGGGCAGAAUCGCCAGCCAGGCGAGGCGAUUCCUGUGGCUCCUGCUUUGGGCAAGCGAAUUUCGAGCAACUUUGGGUUGAACAGGGGCUGGAGCCCCGGGCAGGUUCGGCACAGGCAACAGCGGCUCCUUGGGGACAACGCCAGCCCUGAGGUCAGGGCAUUCAGGUUCCGAAGGUUCCGCCUGCCUAGGUCUGGCGGUGGGUUGGGAGAUUCGUUCCAGGUACAUCUGGUGCUCCUGGAUGAAACUGACAGACGUGUCUGUCUAGCUGUGUACAGCUGGAACGGUUGAGAGUGGCUCUGGAGUUGGGACGGUAACCACAGAGCAGUCUUUAAAUACGGAGAAGGAGGCACUCCUGCACAUUGAGUCCUCUCUGGGAACCUCUCCAUGUUGAGGACUCCACAGGCUGGCCUGGGGAGAGGGGCAAACUUGCCAGAUGGACGCAGCCUGGAGACCCCCACCAGCCCCAUCACGGUCAGCCUGACGCCCGCUGCCUGGGAGCGCAACCGCCUGGCCGCUGUUUGGGACUUUGACCUUCCAGAUGGCCAUGGAGGCUGGUGGAGAGAAGGGCGCGACAUAAUCACCUGGCCUGCGGCACCUCCAGGGCACUCACACUUCAGUAACUUUGCAGAGCUCAUGGAUCUGAAGACCGUGCUGUCCCUGCCGCAGUACCCAGGGGAGUUCCUGCACCCCGUGGUAUACGCGUGCACCGCCGUCAUGCUGCUCUGCCUCCUCACCUCCGCUGUCACCUACAUUGUGCAUCAGAGUGCCAUCCGGAUCAGCCGGAAAGGCCGCCACACGCUGUUGAAUUUCUGCUUCCACGCGGCUCUGACCUUCACGGUGUUCGCAGGCGGCAUCAACCGCACCCAGUAUCCCAUCCUGUGCCAGGCGGUGGGCAUUGCACUGCAUUACUCCACGCUUGCCACCAUGCUGUGGAUUGGAGUGACUGCCAGGAACAUCUACCAGCAGGUGACAAAGAAGGCCCCACCAUGCACAGACAGAGACCAGCCUAGGCUCCCCAGGCAGCGGCUGCUCAGGUUCUACCUCGUCAGUGGAGGGGUUCCGUUCAUCAUCUGUGGUGUCACGGCUGCCACGAACAUCAGGAAUUACGGGACAGAGGACGAGGAUACUGCAUACUGCUGGAUGGCCUGGGAGCCCAGCCUGGGCGCCUUCUAUGGGCCGGCCGCCUUCAUUGCCCUGGUCACCUGCUUGUACCUGCUUGGCACCUACGUGCAGCUGCGGCGCCAUCCAGAGCGCAGAUACGAGCUGCGGGCGCGAACAGAGGAGAUGCAGCGGCUGGCGAGGCCUGAGGGCGGCCUGAGCCGCGUAGCUCGGCCCUGCUCUCCGCCCGCCCGCGACGCCCCUGCCGCCUCGCUGCUGCAGAACGAGCACUCGCUGCAGGCCCAGCUGCGGGCUGCUGCCUUCACGCUGUUCCUGUUUGCCGCCACCUGGGCCUUCGGAGCGCUGGCUGUGUCCCAGGGCCACUUCCUGGACAUGGUCUUCAGCUGCCUGUACGGCGCCUUCUGCGUGACGCUGGGGCUCUUCGUGCUCAUCCACCACUGCGCCAAGCGGGAGGAUGUGUGGCGAUGCUGGUGGGCCUGCUGCCCUUCCCGCACCGACGGCCCUGCUGCAGAGCUGGGGGCCCGCGCGGCGCUCCAUGCCAACGGGGAUGCACCGUGCCUAGGCCAGCUACAUGGCUUCGGCCACACGCCCGGCCACUGCAAGAUGACCAACCUGCAGGCCGCCCAGGGCCAUGUCAGCUGCCUGUCGCCGGCCACCCCGUGCUGCGCCCAGAUGCACUGUGAGCAGUUGAUGGAGGAGGAAGCCCACUCGCACCUCCAGGAGGAGGACGCCUUUAGGCACGACCCCCAUCUGCACAGGUGUCUUAAGGGCAGAACUAAGCAGCACUACUUUAGCCGGCCCCGGACGUCGGCCGAGCUGGAGUACCCCUACCACAUCCCCUCCAGCCUGGAUGGCAGCCCCCACAGCUCACGCACAGACAGCCCCUCGAGCUCGCUGGAGGUCCCAGCAGGGGCUCACACGCUGGCCUGCUGUGCCCAGGGUGACCCUUUCCCCAUGGUCAGCCAGCCAGAGGGUGACGGCGCUGCCCUCUACGGCUGCCCCUCAAGGCUGGGCAGGGAGGCAGCCCUCGGCCCUGGCCACUUGGAGAUGCUCCAGAGGACACAGUCCCUGCCCUUUGGGAGCCCAGGCCAGGACGGGCUGCUCCAGGGGGACCUGAGAGAAUGCCUGCCAUUCGGCACCGACGGGACGGGCAACAUCCGAACGGGCCCCUGGAAAAACGAAACUACGGUGUAGAUUGGGGGAGGUCUUGUCCCUGGAGGAGCAUCAGAGCUGUCUGCCACAUGAGGCCUGUGGGGGUUCUCCAAAGUGGCUGGACCUUUCAGAAGUGGUUCGCACUCCCAGCUGACCCCUUCCCUAUAAAAGACCCUAGCAAGGGAAAAAAACACUCUUGCCAUGCCCACUUCUGCUGAUCCCAACGUCAGAUUGCCUGUCCACCCACAGUCAUGCCCUCUGUUCGCAGUAUCCAGUCCCGGGAUUCUGUCAAAGGGACACCCCACCCCACCCCCAGUGGCUCCACACUAUGUCUGAGGCCUGUGGAGCCCUGAGCCCCUGCUGUGACCCAGCCUCAGAGAGGCUCCCUCUAGUGUCCCUUGUGUCCCACAUGUGUCUUGGGCUCUGUCCCUGGCUUGGCAGCCCGGCUGCCCCAGUGCUAUGGCUGUGAGCCUCUCCCUGUCCUGUGUCUAAGCUGCCCUUCGUCUUCAUUGGGGAACCCCUGGCUCCUUUGCCAGCUCCGUGUCCACCGUCAGUCCUGGCUACCAGCAAGGCCAGAGAACUGUGCAGAUACUGCAGGAUGCAGACUUGAUGUCACUAGAGAGAGGGCGCUCAGGGCCCAUGCCCUGGGAAGAUGCCCAACUGUUCUUUCAUAUACUCAACUUAUAAAGCCAGCCACCCCCAGGGCUGGAUGCCUCUCCAGUGGGGAGCUUGGGGAACAGAUAACUCCUAUUCACGGAAGAAGAGGAGCUACUGGGUGGGAUGGUCGUCAUGGACAAAGUCCCUUUCCUUUAGUUGCAUCUCCAUGAACAUCUGGGCACAGAGCCCUGCCUUGAAGGACAGAUGUUUGUGACAACAGGACUUCUGUGAGAGCAGGUGGCUCAGCCCUCUGUGCGAGGGAGUCCCCUGAGGCAGGAGCCCAUGUGUCCAAAGGGACAUGCAUGUGAGACUGUGCACAGCUGUCUCUUCCUCCUCUCCUCCUCUCCCUCCCUGUCUGUGGCAAGUUUGCACAGGUCCACAUACACACAUGUACACAAAUGUGCACACCACACACGUGCACACACUCAGAGGCAGUGUGUUUUCCAGCCUCCCCGAGCACUGUGUUUUCAUGCAGACAGUGUCACAGACGUGUCAGAGUGCUCUGCCAUCUGGGUGGGGAGGGCCACAGCAGGGGAACCCCCUGCUGCACACCUUGGAGGGGGGCAUGGCGUGCUCUCCAGACAGCUGAUGCUCAGUAUCUGAGUACAAGGAGCCUCGCUCCCGGGGUGUUUGUGAACUAACGCUGGUGUAGCUCACUGCACCAUGCUCCACCCACCACAGACCCAUGUGUCUUUACAGGUCAACCAGACAAGCAAUCGAAUGACCGCCAAGCGGUUCUGUUUCCAUCACUGUCCCCUGUUCACCUGCUCCCACAGCUGAUAUGACCCGGAAACCGCCGCUAUGCUGUGUAUACACAGUAGAACUGUCCAGAUAAAAAUCCAGUAUUUUGCAUUGUCUGUCCUUUGUGAGUCUGGUCAAUGGCAUCCCUGUGUGCUCCUUGCCACUGAUAUGGGCAGGGGGCACCUUGGUGUGUGGCCCCUGCUUCCGUGUCCUGGGUCGGGCUGGAGGCUAGCGAGGCUGCUAUCCCUGGCUCUUACAGCACCGCCCAUCCUUUCUGCCCUCAGCUCUCACUAAACAAAGAGGACCUCACCAUUCAACCAAAGAAAGCCAG